GUCACAGACAAGCUGAGAGUAGACAAGCUGUCACGUUUGACGCCGCCUCGCUAAUUUCUUGUGCGUGGGAUUCUGGGAAAGGGGCGCGCGGGCUCAGUGGCGGCGGCGGACGAGCGGACUUGAUCAGGACCGCGCAGCCUGCAUUUUCCCCAACACAUAAGGUUACCAAAUGACUUCACCAAAUAAAGCAAUAGAGUUGCAGCUGCAAGUGCGGCAAAAUGCAGAAGAGCUACAAGAUUUUGUGAAAGAUUUAGAAAGCUGGGAAAAGGAUAUUAAAGAAAAGGAUUCGGACUUAAUGAGGCAGAGUGGAACCCUAGAAAAGGAUUUACCUCCAAUUCGGAAUGAAGCUUAUAAGAAAAAAAAGAGCAAAAUUAAAGCAGUCUCUAAGAAAACCACUGAAGAAAACAGAAAAAAUAGGAUAAAAUCUUAUGAUUAUGAAGCAUGGGGAAAGCUUGAUGUGGAUAAGAUACUUGAAGAACUGGAUAAGGGAGACAACACCCAUGAUUCAGUGUCUCUAGAGUCAGAUUCCGAAGAAGAUGGGAUUCAUAUAGACACAGAAAAGGCGCUUGCUGAGAAAGAAAAGGGCAAUAAUUAUUUUAAGCAAGGAAAUUAUGAUGCCGCAAUAGAGUGUUACACAAAGGGAAUGAAUGCAGAUCCUUACAAUCCGGUUUUGCCAACAAACAGAGCAUCUGCUUUUUUUCGAAUGAAAAAGUAUUCCAUGUCAGAAUCUGAUUGUAACUUAGCACUUGCCUUAAAUAAAAAUUAUACAAAGGCUUAUGCCAGAAGAGGAGCAGCUCGCUUUGCUUUAUACAAUUUUAAGGGUGCUAAAGAAGAUUAUGAAAAAGCUUUAGAAUUGGAUCCAGACAACUUUGAAGCAAAAAGUGAACUCCGGAAAAUUGAACAGGCUGUCAUGUCAAAAGACAAUUCCCAGUCUGAAGAAACAGAUACCUACAAAAGUGUACAGACUGUAGAAGAAAUUAAACAAACUAGCAUGGAACAGCUUAAGCAAAAGGCUAUUGCGGAAAAAGAUUUGGGAAAUGGAUAUUUCAAAGAAGGUAAAUAUGAAGCAGCAAUUGAAUGUUACACACGUGGAAUUGCAGCAGAUGGCACCAAUGCUCUUCUUCCAGCAAACAGAGCCAUGGCCUACCUAAAAAUCCAAAAAUACGAAGAGGCAGAGAAAGAUUGUAGUCAAGCUGUUUUACUGGAUUCUUCCUAUUCUAAAGCCUAUGCCAGAAGAGGGACUGCUAGAGCGGCACUAAGAAAACUUAAAGAAGCUAUACAAGAUUUUGAAACAGUCGUGAAGCUGGAACCUGGAAAUAAGCAAGCAAUUAAUGAAAUAACAAAGCUUAAGAAUGAAUUAAUUACAAAAGGACUGUGGACAGAUCAGGAACAUCCUGGACUAUUAAAUGAGACAGAAUCACAAAACCUGGUGAAGCCCAUUGAUAAACCCAUGCAUCUUAGAUCAAUAAAACCCUUGAGAAGAGUAAUCAUUGAAGAAGUGGAUGAUGAGAUGCCAAGUACUAAUUCAGCAACUACCACCAACCUCCAGCCUGGUUGGCCUGUUUCUUCAAGUACAGAAGCCAUAGCACCUACCAAGAAUCCAGUCAAAGAUGACUUCUCUUCUCCAACUGAUACUCCCAAAGCAAAGCUAUUGAAAAUUGAAGAAUUAGGUGAUUCUUUAGCUACACACAAUGAGAAAGAGGGAUGUUCACCUGCUCUACAGUCUUGCGGUUUGAAAAAAACUGAGACGGAAAGCCCAACUCUUUUUCCUGUGUCUACGUUCCCUGUACCUCCUGUGCCCAUGAAUGCUUUCCAGCUUGAAUCGGAUUUCAGAAAAUUAAAAGGUUUCCCAGACAAACUGUACACUUACUUGAAGCAAAUUGAUCCUUCUGUUUACCCUAAUCUGUUCCAAAACUCCUUGGAUCCAGAUGUAUUUAGUGAAAUUUUGAAAACUCUGCAGGAAUUUUACAUUGGGAAGGAGGAGCCUUCACAGAUCUUAGAAAUUCUGGAGAAACUGUCAGAAUCAAAACGAUUUGAUAUGGCAGUAAUGUUUAUGUCUGACUCAGAGAAAAAAACUGCACAUUCAUUGUUUGGUCAUUUGGAACAGUCGGGAUUAAAUGAUUCUUCAGUUAAAAACCUCAAGACAAGAUACAGAAUUUGAGACUAUCUUGUGCAUCGUAUGUAUGAAGACCCCACCUGAUUGUGCGCCUUUUCUAUAAGGCACUUGUGACUUAUGGGAAGAGACUUCAGGCUGUGCAAAGUGCCUUCUACUUAUAGAUAUGGGAGUUAAUUUUCACCAUCUCUGUUGUAUUCCCCUGUGCUGAUCCCCAUGCCGUGUGGGUCCCCAGUCCAUCUGUAUUGGCUUGAGGCAGAGAGCACAAAAGUAAUACCCUGUGCAUAGUUCUUUGGAUCCAAGCUUAUUAACAGCUAAAGAUGCAGAGAAAAAUAUUGACGUUCCAAACAGUCAGGAAAUCUACAAUGCAGUUUAACUGACACCUAAUUUUAGCAGGAUUUUUCAUUCCUAUUCUAGAAUCAAAGCUGACACCAAGCAAUUACAGUAUUCAUACAUUCUUUCUGUAUUAAUUGAUUUGCUGGUUAAAAUCAUUCUGGAUUUUUGUUCUUAUAAAUAAAG